AUGAAUUCUCCUGUGUUACCUGGGCGAACACCCAGUGAGGGUUCCGUUGAUAUGGGACUUGUCGCAAGCACAUCAUUGGGUGACCGUGGAGAGCAACGCGUCGCCUCAUUUCGUGCGAUGCGCUCGUUCACUGAAUCAAUCGAAUGCGAUCUACCGCCUGCUCCCGAAUUGCCUGCGCAACUCGACAUCGAUCGCAUCUCGAUGAGAACCAGCGAUACAAAUGAAACAAUCGUCGAGGUGGUCAAACCAUCCACGACUGUGGAUCCAUCGCUGGGUGAGACACAAAAAUACAAAAUGUCCGUGCCAGGUCCAGGACAUUCUGAACAGGAGCACGAGCUGCAUAAGAGCCUGCUUCGUGAUGACGAUGAUUUAGACUCAGAAAUUGAGGGUGCUUUGGAUUCAGGUGACGUUGCUCAAUCGAUUCCUUUGGCAGGCACUAAUGUUCAGUUCGAGAAACCGGCGCCACCUUCAGCUUUCGCCAGGCACGUUCAGGACCCCGAUCAUGCGGCUCUGCGACGAGAGUACAGCAAUUCGACCGCUCAACGUCCUCACACAAUCGAGGUGAAAGAGGAGAAGAAAAUCAAAGUCUCCAUCCCCGCGAAGGAACGAGCAGCGUCACGACGAAGGAAAUCUGAUAUGCCGUAUUCGGAUUUCUAUGAAAGCAUUUCCUCGCAAAUUCCACCGCAGUCUCGAGGGUGCGUAUCCGGGCGAACAACACCGUUGAACGAUUACGAGGGCGAUAUUCUCGAGGAAAAUCCGCAGUAUAAGAACAAGGCACCGCCACAUCCAGUCGUCCACAGAAGGACAAGUAUCGAAUGGGAGAAUUUUGAAGAGGCAAAAGCCUCAUCUGAAGGGACAGUUCCCAUGGAACCCGUAGCGAGGGCAGCCGAGGAGUCUGUGACGGCGAAGAAACCCAAAGUGAGCGAAGUGAAAUUCGAACCACAG